CCCUUUUCCACAUCAAUGGAGGUUCUUCUAAACUCAACUCUCCCAAACCACUUCUUCAAUUUCCCAUCUUUAUCCUCCAAUUCUAGCAAGAGAACCCAACAUCGAUUCAACUCACCCACCUCCAAAUUCUCCUACCACCGCGCCUCAAUCCUCCGAGUCUCGUCUCGUUUCGGAGAGCCCUCAAGACGACGUAACUCACUGAGGAAGAAGAUCAUCGGCGACGAGAGUUUCCGUAUUCCUUCUGACCCAGGUCCGAAAACCCAAAACCUCGAUCAAAAUGAUGACUUAGCCAUAGAGUUAAGUAGUAAAGAUAAGAUUUUUCCGGAUUCGAAUUUGCUUAAUGAGCUUGAAGAUUGGGUUGCACGGUAUAAGAAGGAAGCAGAGUAUUGGGGGAUUGGUUCCGAUCCCAUUUUCACAGUGUAUAAAGAUUCACUUGGGAAGGUAGAGAGAGUAGAUGUUGAUGAAGACGAAGUCUUUAGUAGAAGAUCGUCUCUUGAGGGUUUGGAAUCAGUGAGGGAUAAGGUUGUGUAUGCUAAGGAGUUAGCUGAACGGAUGGAGAAUGGAGAAGAUGUUAUACAUAAGGAUAGUUCUCUAGUUAAGUUUGUUUCUUCUUCUUCUUCUAAUAAGGAAGAGGAGGUUAAGUUUGUUAGCUCAAUACAAAACGCUGUUAGUCGUCUUGACUUAGUUCCUAAGUUGCCGGCGAUUGGGAGAGCUGUUUUGUGUGGUUAUAUAGGGUUAUGGUUGUUGAAGACUGUGUUUGUGUAUAGGAAGAGGGAUGUGGUUGAGUGUAGUGAGUUGGAGAAGGAGAUGAUGAGGAGAAAGAUGAAAGCUUGGAAGGAGAAGGAAGUGGUUGAGAAAGGUGAUGUGGAAGUUUUGCAAGAGGUGGAGAAGCCAUUGGUGUUGUUUGAGAAGCCUAGGUUUGAUCGUGAAGAGCUUAUGAGUAGUAUAUCUAAAGUAAAGGGUUCAGAGAAGAGAUUGGGAGUCUUGAAUUCUAAUGAGGUUGAGGGUGGUGAGUAUGUGGAGUUUGAUAAUAAGAUUCAUGAAAUCAAAGCAAUGGCUAGACGAGCUAGGGAGAUAGAAGCUGGUGUUGAACUUAAUGAAAAGGAGAAGCAAGAUGUGAACAAAGAAACGGGCGAGGAUGAAGAAGGUAUAAACAUGCGGUCACAGAACAGUCUUCGACAUAGUGAAGAUGAUGAUGAUAAAGAUGAAAGCUUGGGGACUUGGACUGAAAGUGAUAAAGAAAACACUGAACUUUCUAGUUUGAGUAUUCCAGUGGUGAAUGGUGCUCUGGUGGAUUCUGGUUUUCCGAGUCAUGACAUUGCAGCAUCUGAGGUAGAAAAGGUGAGUAAUGAGGUACCACUAGCUCCUACGGACGGAAUCAUCCAUCAAUCUUCAGAUGUUUCUAAGGAUGAAAUAAGUAUGAUGAAGAAUAGCACUGGUCGCAAGUCAAGGGUCAUACGGUCUGUUCGAGAGGCUAAAGAGUUCCUUUCAAGAAAAAGUGGUGAGGAAGAGUUUACUCAGAAGAUGGCUCAAGACAGUGAUGAAAUCAUCCCAAAGCAGAGUGAUGAAAAGCGUAAUCCAGCUAGAAGACGCAAAUUGGUUGCCAAAAAUGCAGGCAAUGGAACGUUGAAAUCUACGCUUGAGUCUAUGUCUUCUGAACCGUUAGGCAAGGAUGAUCACGAGAAAUUUUCAGAACCUGAGGAUAGAGUAGAUGCACCCGGUAAGCAAGGAAGUUCUGCAAACAAAAUAGAAGAACGUGAAACAAAAAAAUUCGAGUCAGUUGAAAGUUCUUCUCGUGAUACUGAACAUAUAGAGACGGAACAACCAUCAGGGAAGGAAAACUGGAUGGAGAAAAACUACCAUGAACUUGAACCUAUUGCUGAGAAAAUGAGAGCUGGGUUUAGAGAUAACUACAUGGCUGCAAGAGAGAAAGAAACUCAGGAGCCAGGUACUAUUGCUGAAAUUGCAGAAAUUUACCGCAAUCAGGAUAACGAUGAGCUUGAGUGGAUGAAGGACGAAAAGCUAAGAGACAUUGUCUUCCAUGUUCGGGAUAAUGAGCUGGCUGGUAGAGAUCCAUUUCACUUGAUUAAUGCCGAAGACAAAGCUAUGUUUUUGCAAGGCUUGGAGAAGAAAGUUGAAAAAGAAAAUGAGAAACUGUCUCAUUUGCAUCAGUGGAUUCACUCAAACGUUGAAAAUCUCGACUAUGGCAUAGAUGGCAUUAGUGUGUAUGAUCCGCCAGAGAAAGUCAUACCGAGAUGGAAAGGGCCUCCACUUGAGAAGAACCCUGAGUUUCUCAAUAACUAUAAUGAGCAGCGAGAGGCAUUGUUUUCUAAAAAGGCUGAGUCUCUGUCUCCUGUGAAAAAGGAAGAACAGAGCUCUCUUCAAGAAGCAUCACAGUCUUCUUCCUCUGAGAACACUCUCACUUCUUCAUCUGAAGUUACCUCAAGCCAUCCCAAGAUUGUUGUAGAAGGAAGUGACGGAUCUGUUAAACCUGGGAAAAAGUCAGGAAAAGAGUUUUGGCAACACACGAAGAAAUGGUCACCCGGGUUCUUGGAGUUGUACAAUGCAGAGACUGAUCCAGAAGUGAAAGCUGUUAUGAGAGACAUGGGAAAAGACUUGGACAGAUGGAUUACAGAAGACGAAAUCAAAGACGUUGCUGAUAUAAUGGAGAAGCUGCCAGAGAGGAACAAGGAGUUCAUGGAAAAGAAACUCAACAAGGUCAAGAGAGAGAUGGAGUUGUUUGGUCCUCAAGCAGUUUUGAGCAAAUACCGCGAGUAUGGAGAAGACAAGGAAGAAGAUUAUCUAUGGUGGUUGGAUCUUCCGCAUGUACUGUGUCUUGAAAUGUACACGGUUGAUGAAAAAGGAGAUCAACAAGUAGGGUUCUACACAUUAGAAAUGGCAAAAGAUCUCGAGUUAGAACCGAAACCACAUCAUGUGAUUGCUUUCGAGAACGCUGCAGACUGUAAAAACCUCUGUUACAUUAUUCAAGCUCAUUUGGAUAUGCUUAGAACUGGAAACGUUUUCAUUGUACCCCGCCCACCAAAGGAUACAUUUCGAGAAGCCAAGGCGAAUGGGUUUGGUGUAACGGUUAUUAGGAAAGGAGAACUAAAGUUGAAUAUAGAUGAGCCAUUAGAGGAAGUAGAGGAACAGAUUUGUGAGAUAGGAAGCAAGAUGUAUCAUGAUAAGAUCAUGGGAGAGCGAUCUGUGGAUAUAAGCUCGUUGAUGAAAGGUGUCUUUAACCUCAAGACUAAACCUAGCGGACCAAGAACAAAACGUUUGAAGCGGGCUCUGAAAAACUCUAACAAGGAAAGUAGCUGAGGAGCCAAGCCAAAGAGCCUACCAACAUAAGUGAAAGCAGACUGAUAUUUCAGUGCCUUAAAAGAGAAUUAAGUUUCUGUUUUCCAGGUUGUCUUGAUUUUGUUCAUCCUUUAAGUCUAUAUUGUUUUGUAGAAAGCAUAUCAUAACAAUGGAAGAACGGAACUAUUUGAAACGAUGUAGUGAAAUGAAAUGAAGCUCUCUCAUUGUAUAUUCUAGAGAUUACAAAAAAUAAACAUUUAAGUAAAAGCACCAGUUUUCUCUAUUAGUGAUCACAACAUAUGAUACAAGCUCAGAUCUUAGCCAAAUCGAUACUAAGCCGUACUCAAAGCAAAUAGUUUUUCAGCUAAUGCAGAACUUGCACCGUAAAACCAAUCAUAAAACUUAUGAGUUAAGAAGAUCUUAGGCAGAGACGAGAUAGCCUUGGCAACAAUAGCAGGCAAUCACAAUACCAACUAACGCUCCUGCAAGAACCUGUGAAGGAGUGUGACCGAGCAAUUCUUUUAGCUUUCUUUGACUGAUGGGAUGUCCUUCGAACAAGUCCC